AUGGUCGGUCCUUUAAGGGAAGGAGAGGCGUGGCAGCAGGGGUUUGGCAUCAGGCAGUCAGUCACCCGCAUGCGCAUGCGCACUGAGUUGACCAAUCAGCGAGGAGCGCGGGAAGCCAGGCGGGGUCUCUUUCUCAGAGCGUCUCCUGGUGCCAGUGUACGCAGAUUCUGUGAAGGAGACCUAUCAGGGGUCCCUCAGGGGACUCGGGGAGGGCCAGCCCCACCCAUCUUGAACCUGCGAUCCCGAUGGCUUUCCUUUCCGGCGCCUCCUUUCCUUAGUUUCCUUAUGUCUUUGUGCUCACCAGGUUCAGGGGUCGCCUCUAGCUUCCUAGGACGGCCAGCCAUGGCACCCGUCAGAAGGAAGCGCCGCAGGAGGGCUGCCAAGACCCAGCUGAAGGCUCAAGUUAUGGCCUCCCAGGACAAGGAGCAAGCAGGAAAGGAUCAAAUAAGCGAUGAGCGUGAGGAGAGAAAUCCUUUUACAGAAACAGGGAAGGAAGAUGUAACUGCUGGGCAUGGGGAAACAGAACCUUUUGCUGAAACACAUGAACACAAGGGGGUUGAUACCAAGAAGCCAGAAGAUAUUGCCGUUGGUGCAAAUAAUUUCAAAAAUUAUCCUGUACAUAUUUUCAUCUCUAGUGAACAACGUAUUUUACUUGAGUGUUCCCUAAGCAAGCAGAAACGUGAUUAUAAACAUUCUCUGAAGUUGCUGAAUGUCCUUGAUAAAUGCAUCACAGAUGAGCAGAAAAAUGAAGAAGAAGAAGAGAGAGAAGAAGAAGAACUAAUUAAAAUAUUUCAAGAACAACAGAAGAGGUGGUACCGAUAUAGAAGUCUUAGGAGAGAGAGGCUGAGAGCGAUGAAGCUGCUACGUGAGCAAUUCGUAAAGGUUAUCAAGAAGUUUGAAGACUAUUAUCGUGGAGUUUUUUAUGAUGAAGACAAUGAAUUUGAUAACUAG